AUGGACUUUGCGCUGGUGAGCAACGGCUCGCCCGCGCAUCGAGCGCGCGCCGAACAGGCGCCGGCGCGGGCACAGCGCGGCUCGAGCCCCGGCAGGGCCAUUCGAGGACAAUCCGCCCAUGGCACGUCAUCGCCGCCUCCGCUUGACCCGAGUGAGGACACGCUUGAAGAUGAGGACAUGCCCGGAACGAGCUAUUCGGCCCGCAAAAUCGAGGAGAAGCGCAAGAAGAAACUGCGCGUCACCUUCGACCUGCCUUCUUCCGGGAGCGUGGAGUCCGUCUUGCCGUCGCCGCAAAAGAUGCAGCAAUCGAGCAGCGCGGCCGCGCAGCUCGCUGAAGACGCGCGUCUCCACGACGAGGCCGACGAAUUUGCGCAGGCCAUCCACGAGCUGACGGUCGAAAAUGAGCAUCUGCGAAACGUCGUCGAAGAGCAGCGCGCCCAGCUCGCCGCUCAGCAGUCCCGGCUCGCUGACUCCGAAGACCAAGCCACCCGCGUGCAAAAGGACAACAAGAGCGCGGUGGCGAAGGCGCGCGUCGUCGCCCAGGCACGCAUCAAGGACCUCGAGGACAAGAUGGCCGACCUCAACCGCACUUUCUCCAAUCAGGUCGAAACGCUUCAAGUCGAAAACGAGACCCUGCGAAGUAGCCGUGAAUGGGAAGUGGAAGAGAACGCGAGAAUGAGGGAGCGAUUGGCGAAAACGAUGGAAAAAAAUGCGAAGCUGCACAGCGAGGUCGAGGCGGCACUGGUGACCAACUGCGAGCUCGAGCGCAAAAUGAUCAGUGAGCAGGAGGUGAUGAAAUGCAUGAUGGAGGACCUCGAAGAUGCCGAGCGCAUCAUCGUCCAGCAGGAGGACGAGAAGACGCAGAUGGCCGAGGAUAUUGAGUUGAUGAGAGGCGCCAUCAUCGCCCAGGAGCAGUUCAUCGAGGUGCUCGAGGCCGACAUCGUCAUCUACGAGGAGCAUAUCGGAAUUUUGCGAGAGUCACUUGGCGCUAGCAAGGUGGACCACCGUGACCUCAUUCGCUCCAAGGCCUUCGAGGCAAAGCUGAAGGCGCUGGAGGAGGAGAAGCAGGAGAUUGCCCGCACCAGGCAUGAUGAGCGACUCAAGACGAAAGCCCUCAACGCGAAGGUGCGGCUCCUUGAGGGGGAGAACGAGAAGCUGAUGGCCCGAAUCUGCGAGAUGGAGAUGGGACCCGGUCAGGAACAAGGCGCACCCACCACCCAAAACACUUCCCAUCACCUGCAGCAUGAACUCGCCGAAGCCGAGGCCAGACUCGAGACGCUACGCGGCGAGUACGAUCAACAACUCGCGACGGUUCGUCUGGAAAAUGAGGGACUGACAAGGCAGUGGCAGUCGAUGAGGGAUACGGUACGAGGGCUGGAAGACGAGCUGACUACGUUGAGAGCCACGCAACAGGGCCCGAGUCGGGGCGAUCAAGGCAACUUUGGCCAGACGCUGCUGCCUGCACUUCAGGAAGAGGCUCAGCAAGAAAACGAAUCCCUUCGUACUCGCACCGCCGAGCUUGAGCACCAACUCGCCGACCUGGUACACGUCAAGGAGAAGCUGCAGGAGCAGCUCAGCGACGUCGGCGUGGAGAACUUUGAGCUGCAGGCGAGGGUGCAGCGGCUCGAGCGAGCUGAAGCCGACUUUGCCGUGCUUCGCCGGAGUGUUAAUGAGGCCGAGAGGGAGAAGGAGAUGGCCGAGGAGGAGAGGAAGAAGCUGGAGAUUGAGCUGGAAUCGCUGAGGGAAAAGGAGCUGGAGACGUCUAACGAGUUGCAGCAGGCCAGGCAUCGGAUCAACACACUGAUGGCCCAACCCCAACCUGUCCAGCUACAACAGGCUUCAUCAACAUCAAGCCCAUGGGAACCGAUGGAAACCCUCAUGCCCUCGGAUCGAGAACAACUUGAGCAGCUCCAGCGCGAGAAUUCCCAACUUCGUGAAGAGCUCGCACACGCUCGACUGAGCCUGGCCGAGACUCGAGAGGUCCAGAAAGAAGUCGAAAUCCUGAAGGCUGAACUCGAGGAAGAACGACGCGAAACCGAAGCGAAAUGGGAGGAGGUCUGCGAAAAACUGAUGCAAUCCGCCGAACGCGCCGAGGACAGCCCGGCAGCCCGGUCUUCACGUAAAGCAUCGAUAGAGGAGAUGCACACCUACCUCGACGCGUACGCCGAAAAGUGCAAGAAGCUGGAGGAGGAGCUGAGGGAGACGAAGGAGCGGAUAGAGCAGUCGUCGACGGAGAUCUCCAGGAAUGCAUCGCCCGAGCUGGAGGCCGAGCUGGCCGCUUGUCAACUACGGCUGGUGGAUGCUGAACGGAGACUGGAGGAGAAGGGAGAGACGAUAGGGAGGAUACAGGGGGAAUUGAAGGAGGCAAAGGAGAAGAUGGAGGCCGAUAAGGUUGUCCACACCCAACAAGUCGCAGCUCAACCUCCUUCCGCCCCGACCACCUCCGAGCCAGCCGAGCCGGGCUCCUUGGAGGACCUUGAAAAUGAGCUGCGCCAAGCCCACAUCCGGCUCUUUAACGAGGGAAAACUCGUCGAAGACCUGCGGUUCCAGCUGGAUGCACAGAACCGACAGGGGCAGUUGAGAGAAUCGGAAAUGGCGGAGAGGAUGCAGCACCUGGAAACCCAAGCCACACAGCAAUACGAGCAAGCCAUCCGCGAGCACGAGCAGCGCACCCGCGCCGAGCUGAUGAACGGCGAGCUCCAGCAACGUGUUUCCGAGCUCGAGACGAAGCUCUUUGGCUCGAGCCAAGUCGAUGGGGCAGCGGAGGCUCAAGCUAGAGAGGAGAGAAUGGAGCUGAAUGCGCAGAUUCGGCAACUCCAAGCCACAAUCCAACAACUCGACGCGCAGCGCCUCGAGAGUGAAGGCCGAUUCACGCAGCUGGCCGAAGAGCUUGAAGCCGUUCGGGCGGAGGCGAGCAGGCGGGAAGACGCGCUGAACACGGAGAUUGGCGCCCUGGAGGCGGAUAAGGCCGAGUUCAGCUUCCGUGCGGACGCCGCCGAGGAGUCGUUCAAUCACAGCGAGCUGCACGAUACGAUUCGCGACCUGCAAAAAGAAGUGGAUCAGACCAAAUACGAGCUGGUCUCGAUGCGAAAUGAGCUCGAAGCUUCGGAAGAAGUACGACAGCAGCUACAGUAUCAGCUAGAUGAGGAGAAGGAGAACGCGGGAUACGGUAGCGGACAGUCAGAUGAGCAUGAGCGGCUCACCAGGGAGGUGGAGCUACUAAGGCAACAGCUCUCCGAAACUGAAGAACGUCUUGCCAUCGCUGAGCAGCAGACCUUCUCCGAGAUCGUCAUCGAUAGUACAGUUCCGGAAUCGGCGCCAGUACAGCACGAAUCGCUACUACGAGCAAGUGCCGCGACCUCAAACGCUGUCACGAGCCUGCUAGAAGAUCAAGGUCAAGCAGUACACUACGCUCCGCCACCCGGCUACGUUCCGUCCGAGUGGCCACAGGCUACGGUAGCUACGCAGCAGUACGCCGGACGCCCGGAACACGCGUAUUAUGGGCAUCAAGCGCCUACCCCUACGCAACAUUCCUAUCAACACCGGGAACACGCGUACUAUGGACAAGCUACGCAACAAUACCCUGCACACACAACUACGGCAGCUACGCAACAGUACUCUGGACAGCAGGGAUCUAUGGCGACACAACAAUACUCUGAACACCCCGCUGCAGCAGCUACGCAACAGCACUCUGGACACUCAACUGCGCCAGCUACGCAACAGUACGCUUCACACCAGCCUGGGGAUACGCUAGCUGCGCAACGGUACGGUGCAUAUGAGCCCCAGCAAGCUACGGUAGCGACGCAACAGUACCCUGGACAGCACCUCCAAGCCGAGCAUUCCCAACAGAUCCAGCAGCAAGAAACGCCGAUUCUGGCCCAUUCCCCGGCCGAAAAUUCCGGUCAGCCGCAAACUACAGAUCGGCAGCUGGUGCUUAAUUUGAACACGAACACGGAGAAGGACCUGUUUGCCGAGAAUCAGCUGUUGAGAGAAUGCGUCAACGAGACGUCAAAUCUUCAAGAGCGCCUCGGGGAAGACGUUGAACGGCUUGAGGAGCUGCGUUCGGAGCUGGAAGGGGCAGUGGAUGGGCUGAAGGGAGAAGUCUGGGCCCUGAAUGGACAGCUGAAGGCUUCUGUGUUGGAUCGCGAGGCCUUGGAUACUCGACUGGCGAUGGCCGACUCGCAGCUGGCCGCCGAGAAGGCGAGGGCCGAUCAGCUGGAUCAGGAGUUGUCGGAGCAGGUCGAACUCACGGAACGCGCUCAACGCCAAGCGGCCGAGUCUGAGAACGAGAGCAACAGGAGGCUGGCCGAAUGUCUGGAGAUGGAGAGCAGAAGGGAAGAGCUGGAGAAGGCGUACACCCAAUUGAAAGAGUACUACACCCAACUUCACGCGUCCUAUGAGGCCCUCUACAAUUCGGUGCACAGGACCGAAAAAGUCGAUGGACAAACCGAGACGGAUGUUGAUGGAAUGACGGUGGAGAGGGGGGAAGAAGCGCUCAGGCUAUAUCACCUGUAUCGGGAGCAAUUCUCAGUGACGAAGGACAGGGUCGUCGAGUUGAGGACCGGGUUGAGGACGCUGGCGCAUGACCUGAGCACCGCCGACCUGGGCUCCCUUCGCGAGUCGAUCACCGCCGAAAUCGGCCGAAUCCACGAGGCGACCGCUCGAAUUGUGGAAGUUCGGGCUCAGCUUUCCGGGGGAGCCGCACCGGAUGCGGAUCGACUGGCUGAAAUCGUGAACGCUGUAAUCGAAAGCUGUGGCAUCAACGUCCCAGCCGGAACAUCACUCGUCGAUCGGGUUGACCGUGUCGCUGAGCUGUUGCAGAACAGAAGCCGCGAGGCCGAGGAGGGCAGGGCGGCCGUGUUGAGGCAACAGCAGACGUGCGCUGCGCUGUUAAAGCGCCUCGAGGCGGCGGAAGUGGAAGCGGCCGGCGGAAGUGCUGAGGAGGGGCAAACGAGACGGGAACUUGAGGAGACCAGGGUGCAAUUGAUGAACAGCAACGCCGAGGUCUCCGAGCUCCAAUCUCGCGUUGAACAGCUCAAAGACGCCGUCACCGAGCUGACAGCGGCAAAAGAAGAUGAAGAGGCCGAGACGGGGCGACGUCGCAACCUACGGACUGAGGUCGCCAUUUUAGCCGCUCGACUAGCGACACGACAGGCGGAUGUUGAUGCACUUUUCCGAGCCAACGCCGACCUGGCACACACCAAUGUCAGGCUGCAGAAUGAGAUUGAUGAGAUGAGAGAGGCGGCGACGACUUCGGCAAGUGCGGAGCAAGCCGAGCCGGCUGAAGCUGAACAUCUUCGCCACCAGCUCACCGGCUUGGAGCAUCAACUUCACGAAGAUCGCCGUCGCAUCGAGGAGCUUGAGGCUCAACUGGCUGAGGCCCGGAAUCGAAGCGGCAUCCUGGCUGCUCAGCUCGAAAUCAAGGAGCAUGAGCAGCAACAGCAAGCAUCUUCUGAACAGCUUGAUGAGCUUACCCGGCUUCGUGACGUCGAGAAGCUGCUGAACAACACGAUCUCGAGCUUCGAGGACAAGCUCCAGGAGGCCGAGGAGCGGAUCAACGACUUGGAGACGGCGCUUGAUGAAGCACAGACAAAACCCGUCGAGCCGGAACCUGAAGUCACCGAAAGCGCGUGGGGCUGGGGCGACGACCAGCAAGGAGAACCCCAAGCAGUUCAAGUUCCGGUCACCUCACUUCAAGCCGCCACUCCGGAGCACCAAGCCGACUUGGCCAAACUCAAAGCUCAAGCCGCCGAGGCCGAAGAACGCGCCGAGUUCGCGGAGUCCGAACUUCAAGAAGUUCGAGCCGAGUUUGAGGAGCUGAUGAACGUGCUGACAAAGUUGAAGCUCGAGCAGAAGGCGUCUGCGGAGAAGAUCAACGAGUUGGAGGCGAAACUGGCAAGCGCUGCCGUAACCGCGCCCGUUCCGGAAGCCCCGGAGACGGAAGGCUGGGGAGAUGAUGAUUGGGGGACUACGGAAACUACCGUACCACCCGGAGCUCGAAAUUCCGAGGCUACGGAAGCCCUGGAGGAGCUGCAGAAUGAGCUGGAGGAAGAGAGGCAGAGGAAGGAGGAGCUGGAGAAGGAGAAGCAGGAGUUGAAUGUGAAGGUGCAACGUCUUUCUGCGCAGCUCGACGAGCUCGAGACCGAGCUCCUCGACAAGAUCGACGAGCAAGAGCGCUCUGCCGCCAAGUUCAAGGAGCAGAUCGGGGAGUUGGAGCGGCAGCUGGCAGAGAACCCUAAGGAGGCUGCCCCCGCCGAGAAUUGGGGCUGGGACGAGCCGGCAGUUGCUGAACAGCAAGCCGGCCAAGCCGACGAGCUAAAGCGAGCGCUAGAAGAUCGAGAGUCUGAGAAUUUGGCGUUGAGGGUGCGGAUUGACGAGUUGGAGCACGAGACCACCGAAAACGCGGCCAACAAGUCGGAAUCCGAGGAGCUGCUCCGCGAGCUUCGCGCCGAAGUCGAGGUGCUUCGUAUCAAGGUCGAAGAGGCCGAGUCCGAAGCCAGCCAAGCCAAGCAGCAGCUGGAGAGGACGGAAGCUGAACAGAAGCCAGAGGAGACCGAAGCGGAAGAGAGCUGGGGAUGGGGUGAUGAGGGCAGGCUAGCAGAGACAAACGACUCGGAGGCGUUGCAGAGGGCCGUGGAACAGCUCGAGGGACAGAUCGCCAUCCUCACAUCGGUCGCCCAAAACGAACGCGAAAACUCGGAGGAGCUGCUUCGCGAGCUUCGGGCUGAGGUUGAAGUGCUUCGGGUGAAGGUGGAAGAAGCCGAAUCCGAAGCCAGUCAAGCCAAGCAGCAGCUGGAGCGGGCGGAGGCGCAGACGGCCGCCCCAACGGAGGAGCUCGAGACAAAAAUCUGCGACAUCGAGGAGGAGCUGGAGCGGCGUGCGGGCGAGGAGAAGGACCUAGAGGCUGUGCGGGCAGAGCUGGACGCGGCGAAGACAAAGUGCGCACUGUUGAUGGACAGUGAGGGACGUCUGCUGGAUCAAGUAGAUGAAUAUGGGGCUCAAGUGGAGACGCAGCAGCAGGUGAUCAAGACCCUGGAGGCGCAACUCUUCGAGAAGGAGGCCCUCGAAGAAAAGCUGGCAGCGCUUGAGGCUGAACUCCGCGAGGAGCAGGCCAAGGGCCUGGUAGAUGACCAACACGAGGAAGUAGAAGAGCUGAGGGCUGCACUUCAGCAGCAGGAAACAAGAAUUGAAGCCUUGAUCGGUGAAAAAGAGGAGCUGGAGCUCAAGCUCAAGGAAGCUGGGGCGAGGAUCGAGCAAGUGCAGAAGGAGCGCGACGCCGCCAAGUCGAAAUACGACGAGCUGCGCGCCAAGCUGCUCGCCAAGCGCAAAGCUGCCGCAGCUGGGGCUUCCGAAGCUGGCAGACCUCCAUCUUCCGCUUCUUCCACCCGUGGCUCGCUUGCUGUCGACACCCGGCAAGAGGAACACAACUUUGGCGGCUCCUCCUUCUCCCCGAUGCCUUCGCACUCGCCGGCCUCGUCGACGCAGGGCUCCACCACGUCGGCCGCCACCGCUACGCAGGACGCCUAUCGACGGCGACGGAAC